AUGGAGAUCAUUAAUCAGACACCAAUCUUAAAAGACAAUAUUGAUGGGCCUGAAGUAGAUCAACUGGAAGGCAUUAUCAAAUUUAAGAACGUUUGCUUCAGCUAUCGUUCAGGUCCAGAUGCCAUUGUUUUACACGAUUUUAACUUGCUAAUACCUGCAAGAAAAACACUAGCUCUUGUUGGUGGCAGUGGCUCGGGAAAGACCACUGUAAUUUCUCUUCUAGAAAGGUUUUAUGAACCUACUCAAGGACAAACACUAGUAGAUGAGCUUGACAUUAAAAGACUCAAUACGAAGUGGCUAAGGCAACAUAUAGGGUUGGUAAGUCAAGAGCCUAUUCUCUUUUCAAUAAGAAUAAAGGAAAACAUACUGUAUGGAAAGGAGGAUGCUAAUGAAGAAGAAGUGAUGGUGGCUGCAAAGGCUUCCAAUGCACAUGAUUUUAUUACCAACUUCCCUAAAGGGUAUAAUACCAAGGUAGGGGAAAGAGGAGCACAACUUUCUGGGGGGCAGAAACAAAGAAUUGCACUGGCAAGAGCAAUUUUGAAGAAUCCAAAGAUAUUACUUUUGGAUGAGGCCACCAGUGCCCUCGAUUCUGCUUCUGAGCAUCUUAUUCAACUGACUCUCAAUGAGCUUAUGAUUGGCAGAACAACGGUGGUGAUAGCACACCGCUUAUCUACUAUUAAGAAGGUCGAUACCAUAGCUGUUAUGAAAGAUGGGUGUAUUGUUGAAAUGGGAAGCCAUGAUCAACUAAUGGCCAAAGAGGAUGGGGGCGCAUAUUUUUCUCUAAUAAAUUUGCAGGCACCAGAUUACUGCAAUAAUGACACAGAGCAGACAUUACAAGUAAUGCCAAAUUUAAGCAAUGAGAAACAGAUUCCAAGUGUAAUGCAAUUCUUCCAAGCAGCGUGGUAA